CGGAAGUAGAUACGGAUAGGCGUCGCUCCACUUGGUCCUAGUAGGCAUCAUCGCCGUGUCCUAGCGACAUCCUGGAGUGAGACAACAAGCACAGUUCAAACACAUAUUCAAGCCCCCUUUCUCUGUGUGCGUGAGUGUCUGUUUGAAGGGUUUCCUAAGCAGCUGCGGAAAGUUCCCAUCCGUCAUUAUCAAUAUUGCAUGGGCCCGUGCUUUGCAUGUAAACUUCCUGCCACGGGGUAGGCCUGUCUCACACACAUACAUACAACGACAUGCACACAUACGUCCCAAAUCCACACAAAGGACCACAGCAUAAUCAGGGGGCAAUUCUUUACGAGCCUCGCCAGCCGCAUCAGUCGCCGUCCAGUGCUGGUGGUUGUAAGAUGGCCGCCAAAGGUAAUUCCGCCGACGUGAACGCCCCCGAGCUGAACCGUGUGUUGAGUUUUUAUCGCGAUUCCACUAUCCUGCUGACGGGCGGGACAGGAUUUCUCGGCAAGGUGCUGCUCGAGAAGAUACUGCGCUGCCUCGGUGUGCGGAAAGUGUUUCUAGCGGUGCGGAUUAAGGAUGGCCGCAAGCCGGCCGAACGAUUGCAGGAACUGCUCAAGGAUGCGCUGUUCGAUAGGCUGCGGCAGGACGCCACCGUCGAGCAGCUGCUCGAACGUGUCGAACCGGUCGAAAUUUCGCUUGAAGCGGGGGAUGGGACCGGACUGGGAAUGGAUGCAGCGACCGAAACCCGCCUACUCCAACAGACGGACGUCAUCUUCAAUGUGCUAGCGUCGGUGAAGUUUAACGAAAGCAUUAAGAAUGCCGUCGACACGAAUGUCGGUGGUACGCGUCGAGUGUUGCAGCUGGCGCGUCGCAUGCAACGGCUAAAAGCGGUCGUGCACGUGUCCACCCUGUACUCGAACUGCGACCGGACACACAUCCGCGAGCGUGUGUACGAUGAUACGCUGCUACGACCGGAAGCCGUACUAAAUCUGUCGAAACUGCUGUCAGCGAACGAGAUGGACGGGCUGCAACACUGUCUGCUCGGCUCGCUGCCCAACACGUACACGUACAGCAAAAAGUGUGCCGAGUCGCUGAUCCAGCAGCACUUUUCCGACUUGCCAGUUGGCAUUUUUCGACCUCCAAUAGUCCUCUCAACGUACCGCGAACCGAUCGCGGGCUGGACGGACAAUCUGAACGGUCCGGCCGGACUGUGCCUGUGGACGGUGAAGGGUUACGUGCGCGUCAUCCACGGCAAUGGGCGCAAAAAGGCAAAUCUCGUCCCGGUGGACUACUGCGUGAAUGCGCUGCUGGUGGCGGGCUUUGAUGUGGCCGACCGAUCGAUGGCGCGAGGGGCAGCUCCGGACAGUCGGACAGGCUGGGAAACGCUGCAACCGGUGCCGGUGUACAACUAUCUGUACGACCGGCCCAAUCUUACGUGGGGCCGGUACAUGGGCACGGUGUCGAUGGGAUUUGACGGCUGGAUCAAGCGACUCUGCUGGCCUCAUUCGUACACAAUCGUCCCGAACAGGGCCCUGUUCCGGGUGCUUUCCCUCUGCUGCCAUACCGUACCGGCCUGGCUGCUGGAUUUUGUACGUCAGCUGCGCGGAAAACGGCCCCUCUACCGGCGAAUGGCAGCCAAGACGAACCGAUUCCUCGAAACGAUGGCCUACUUCGGGCUGCGGGAGUGGCAAAUAGCGAACGAAAACGUGGUCCGCUUGCGGACGCUGCUGACGCCCACCGAAGCGUCCCUGCUCGAGUUCGAUCUGUCCACCGUCGACUGGGACGAGUACUUCCAGGCCUACAUACCCGGCAUACGGCGCUACUACUUGGGCGAGCUGCCGGCUGCCCGGGACCGCACCAAACCGGGCCAACCGCUGGCCUGGAAUCGAAGGAUACAGUUUCUGUGCCGACUGUUGCACCGGCUGAUGUGGGUUUUGAUCUGCUUAAAGUUGGGCCACCGGCUGUACGUGCGGCGCAAUUUAUUUUCGAUUUUGAUCGCAUAACGACGCAACCAGUCAGGCAGGCAGGCAGGCAGGCAGGCGGGCUGGCAGGACUCACGUGACCUCGGGAUGCCGUGUGGACGAAGAUGAUGCUGUCGACGGUGUCGAGGGAGUACAUACAAGCUGUGGACAGAAAUUGUUCAUCGAGUGAAUAGAUAUGGACGGUUGCUAGAAAUAAAAAAGGAAUGAAUAGA